GAACUUCUGGCGUUUUGGGAUGAUAAAUUCCAGUCAACCCGAAAUCGUUUCAUUCGCGAUGCGUUCAUGGCUGGACGUGCCGCCUAUCUUCGGCUCAAGAAUCCAUGGGAGGGGGACGCUAAACCGAAGCUUCGGGCCAAUGCACGUACUGCUCUGAGAACAAUGCUUGUCCAUGGACUGUCCUCUAGACUUUCACGUCCGAACGAAGAAGAGUUGAUUUGGAGAGGUGACCUACAGUGGCGUCACAGCGACGAGCGUGAGCCCAGCUGUGAAGAAUUUGAUUGGCUCAUCGAUUACCUGGCGGAUGGCCGUCACGAUGCAGAUAGCACAGACGAUGAAACAGAAGGUGAUGCUUUGCUAGCACUGAGCGCCAUGCAUGGACUAGGGAGCUCUACCAAGCGACGGUCCUACAUCAAGUCACUUAUCCGCUGUAUGGGCUCCACCAGACCUCCCCGAGUCCGGCAUAGCGCGCUUAGAGCUGUUUUUGAAGCUCAAGAAGAUUUGAUUUCUAUGACCAGUGUCUCGAUGCCACGGGAUAGUCGACUCACCACUGCUGAAUCAGCUUUCUCGGGCUCUUUUAACUGCUGUAUGUCCAAAUGAUAAUCCGACAACCCACGACGCUGGACCCGACGCCUCUUUCCACGAAGAUCGAGACUCUUACUACAUCCGCCUCAUCUGUGCCCUGACGAAGGAUGACGACUGGUGUCGACGUCUGACCCGUGAUGGCCAUCUCGACCGGUGUAUUUCUCUAGUUGGUGGAGUCCAUUUUCAGUCUGAUGCGAAUGUUAGAUUCUGUGUCCUUGUGAUAUUGGGGAAAAUCAAGUCCUCAGGCAAGGAUCUUCCUUUCAGUCCUACCGAGGAGAGGUGGCGGUUACUCAUCGCAAACGCAUGGGACUUUGCGAGAUAUUUCAUAGAGGAUGACGACUACGUUGAUGGAAUGCCAGCCUUGGUGACAGCGACGAGGCUAUAUCUGUAUGGUGUUCCGAGGGGGUGGCUUGCAGGUCUCCCUGCAAAGGUGCAAAAAGCGUUGGUCGAUUUGCAGGAGAGACAAGCGAUCCUUGUG